CCCAUUGAGGCUUAUCGAAGGAUUAUGGAAAUACAUUCGCUUUCCUACGAAUUCUCACAGCAUUUUAGAAAUAUAACAGCCACCGACUUGAAUUUAUCAAACAGCCGAUUGCCCAACAAGCAGGAUUUGCAGUGUCUCGCCGAUAUGAGUCCGAUAACAGCUGGGCUGGACUUUGGUAAACUGUGGUCGAUAAAAAUGUUCGAUGCAUGGUGCAAUUUGCCCAAGGGCAUACUUACUGACAACUUUGUGGACUUGGGCAAUUACGACGAGUGCUUUGCCAUUAAUAAAGCAAUAUCGAUACCCGUGUUCAGUACUUCAGUAGCCACUGUCUAUGCAACCAAGGAUUUGUGUUUGAAUCAUACCUGGUAUUUAGCUGUCGAUAUGCAGCUGUAUAUACUCUCUCCCAUAUUUCUGCUAUCUUUGUACAGAUGGGGCAAGAAAGCUGCAGCAGGAAUCUUUGUUUUUAUGCUUCUGCUAUCCGCUUGCCUCUUCAGCACUAUGAUGACGGAUAAGUACUUUAUUCAUCUGGAGUAUGGAAUUAUUUCCAAUAACGUCCAACGUAAGAUCUACUAUGCCACGCAUACACAUGCUGCUCCUUGGCUGAUCGGCGUACUCUUUGGCUAUUUCCUGCAUGUCAAUCGUAACAAGAACUUUCAGCUGAAUCGCAUAAAGAUCUGCCUAGGGUGGAUUGUGUCUCUGGCUCUGAUGUUCACAUGUAUUUUUGCCUUGUAUCCAUAUGCCAAGUUGACGAGUCCGUCUUUAUCGAUACUAAAACAGUCUUCAUACUAUACGUUUACCCGCAUCGCUUGGCCCCUGAGCUUGUGCUGGGUGGUCUUUGCCUGCAUGAAAGGCUAUGGUAGCUUGGCCAACAGUUUCCUGUCUGCCCCAAUUUGGCAGCCGUUGUCAAAGAUCUCUUACUCCGCCUACAUCUUUCACGUAUUCAUUGUACAAAUUAAUGGUAGACGAGCGCGAACAAAUACAUAUUUUUCCGACUACGAUAUGAUGUUGAGGUUUUGGGGGACUUUUGGCUUCACCUUGCUGUUGUGUUAUGCGAUAUACUGCACAACGGAAGCGCCCAUCGCUCUGCUACUGGGAAUGCUUAUGCCAAAACGCAAAACUACUCCAAAAUCAACGGUCCCAGAAGAAACGAAGACAGAAUCAAUUCCACAGCUAAAUAAAGUUGCAGAAACAGAAACAAUUCCAGAGAUAGAAAACUUAGAAGAACAGUCAGAAGCUAACCAAAAAAAAAGAGUUGAAGAACUUUGAUUUCUGCAUAGAAAGUAAUCAGGUUUACUAAGAGUUGUCUGAUUAUCACAAACCAAAGAUUUGCUGAUUAGCCUUAUUAAAAGUAAGAAGCAAUCAAAGCAGAUUUGCCGAGGACUUGAAUGAUAUGGCUAUAUUGAUAAUCUGAUCU